UUCCUCCUAUUUUAUCCUCCUCCUCCUCCUCCUCCUCCUCCUCCAGUCCUCUUCCUCUAUUGACUUCAAGUUCAAGGGAACUGGAAAUUAAGUACGGUAAACCCUAAAACUUGAACGUUUCUACUCGAGUUAUGAGAUUUUUUGAGUUAUGGAUGGCUCGGUAUAUGUUUCCUGCUCUCUGCAUCUCAUCACUCAGCUAGAUUUGGUUUCUGUUUCCGAUCCGGUUGCUUGUUAAUCUCGCCUGGUCUCAUAACCUCUCCAUGUUUACUUUGUUGAGGAGGAGAAUUUUUUCCCGAACCUAUCGGUAGAAUUCGAAAUUCCGGCUUCAAGCUCGUCGGAAUUCAUUGAAAUCGCCGUAGAAUUUUUGAAUUUUAGCUUCCUGUAGAUUUCAUAGAUUGUAAUUAUAGUUUCUGAUCCAAAAGAAAUCCGGUGCCGACUUGCCAUCUUCGAUGGAGCUCCCUCAAUCCCGGCCUUUCGGAGCUGAAGGAAGAAAACCAACGCAUGACUUUCUGUCACUGUACAGUCAUUCAAGUGUCCAACAAGAUCCAAGGCCACCUUCUCAAGGUGCAUACCUUAAGACUCAUGAUUUCUUACAACUUGAACAACAAGGGAAUCAAAGUGCCAGGAAGGAAACAACAGUCGAGGCAGCGAGUGUUGAAAAUCCACCGCCGCCGCCGUCGGUGGAACGUAUUCUCCCCGGAGGGAUUGGAACUUACAGUAUAAGUCACAUUUCCUAUUUUAAUCCUCGGGUUCCAAAGGCAGAGGGAACCGUAUUCACUGUUGCUGAAGGAAGUAGUACGGAGAGAAACGACGAAAACUCGAACUGCAGUUCUUACACUGGAAGUGGUUUCGCUUUGUGGGAAGAAUCUGCAGGAAAGAAGGGAAAGACAAGGAAGGAGAAUGCCGGAGAAACAUCCUUUGUAAGAGAAGCGGCGGGAAAGGUGGGGCCGUGGGCCACGACGUCGUUGGACAAAGGGUCACAGUCGUCGACCAACAACCAUCCCAAGAGUUUCAGCUGUCUCUCUUCCUCUCAGCAGUCAUCGAAGCAGAAAAUGCAAAGCUUCAUGGAAAUGAUAAAAUCAGCAAAGGGUAACUCACUUGAUGAUGAUUUUGAAGAAGAUGAAGAUUUUGUUCUCAAGAAAGAGAGUUCUACCUCCACCCAUAAUAUAGGAGAAUUGAAAGUGAAAGUGGAUGGAAAAAGUGCACCUGAUCAGAAGGCCAACACGCCGAGGUCGAAACAUUCUGCUACCGAGCAACGGAGGAGGAGUAAAAUUAACAACAGAUUUCAGAUGUUGAAAAAUGUCAUUCCAAAUAGUGACCAAAAGAGAGAUAAAGCCUCGCUCUUAUUAGAGGUUAUUGAGUACAUUCAGUUUUUACAAGAAAAAGUAAACAAGUAUGAAGGAUCAUAUCAAGGAUGGAGCAGUGCUCCAUCAAAGUUGAUACCAUGGAGAAGCAACCAGAGGCCUACAGAAAAUUACGCUGAUCAGUCUCGAGCCAUAAACGGUGUGUCUGCUCCUUCUGUAGUGUUUCCCGCAAAGUUGGAUGAAGGAAACAACACUGUCACCCCUACCAUGCAUGAAAGUGCAGAGAACCCAAUCGAACCUCCUAAUACGAGCAGAGCUACUACAACUACAUUCAGAGCAAUGGACCUUAGCCCGGGAAUGAUGGAUAAAACAAUUCCCUUUCCCGUGUCACUACAGCCAAACUUCUUCAACUCUGCUCAUAACACCGUUCCAGCAACUCAGAUUGCACCUAGGUUGCCAUCUGAUGCAGAAAACAGUGUAUCUCAGCCUCAAACUAUACCGUGUCAUACCAGAUCAUGUACUACUAACGGUUCUCUUCCUAACGAGAAGCCGAAAGAACAAGAGCUGACAAUCGAAGGAGGAACGAUUAGCAUCUCAUGUGCAUAUUCGCAACAGUUGUUGAGUACACUAACACAAGCUCUACAAACUUCUGGAUUAGAUUUGUCACAUGCCAGCCUCUCGGUGCAAAUUGAGCUUGGGAAGCGAUCGAACAGUCAACCGACGGCUCCUGCGUCCACUCUUAAGGACACGGCGGCUCCCUCCAUAAAUCCGGGGAAGACACGCCCUAGAGUUGGAUGGGGUGAGGAUUCUGAACAACCUCUAAAGAAGAAGCUUAAAACAUGAACAUUUCUAGCUUGACAAGUUUACAAUAUUCUUUAUUAUUAUAAUUUUCAUUACUAUUAUUAA